AUGAUCGGUUGCGAAGAUGAAUGGCAAAUGGUAGGCAGUGAAAUCGGCCAUUGUUGCUUGGUAGCGCUACCGGUAGGUAGUAGUGAAAUGGGUCAUGGUUAUCUGCCUGUGUGGCAAAGAAAUGGUGGCGAAGGAACAAUUCAAUUGGGUAAAGCAAUUGGAGAUGAAAUUUCCCUGAUGAAAUCAAAAAUGGAUCGGGAUUAUUACGUCAAGUUUGCGGUCUUCUUGUUGAAGAUUGAACUUAGAGAAAAGGGAGAAUCCACAGAGAUUCUAGAUUUCAUUUUAAAAGCGGAAUACAUCAGAUUCAUGUAUUAA